AAAUAUUAAAAAAAUCACAUUUUCCUCGUGAAAAGCCCAGCGGCCUCCCUUCCCUAAAAUGCUUCGCAUUCACACUCGCAAAAACCUCAGGAGACAAUCUCGUCGUCAUCACCUUUAGCCAUGGCGGCAGCCACCAACCAAAAUCAUUUCUUCUGACAGGUAUACGCUACUUCUCCAAAUUUCCAGCUUGAAUGGGUGUAUAGCUUAAGCUCCAUCACCUUGGCGGCUUAUCCAAUAUCAACACCCCUUCUCCUGUUCUUCACAAGUCUCCGGUGAUGCUCGGAUUUCUCUGCGCGCGCCGCAAGACUUGGAUCGUCACUUCCCUCUCAGCCUUCACUCACGGCUCGGCGGCAGCUCACAAAACCCGACUCCUCCUCCAAACCCACAGUCGCCCGAUUCAUCAACAAAUCGCUAACUUCUCUUGCGGGUUUGAGAACCGACGAUACCAUUCGAGCCCGCUCGGCUCGGAUUGCGGCGCCGGUGCGGCAUCUAUAUGGCACGGCUUGCUUCCCUCUGCCGGCAAUAGCAGAUCUCGAAAUCUCUGCAGGCCGGCCAUCCACUACGAGCGAGAGGGUUCAUGGAAUGCCGCGUGGGAUGCACGUCCCGCUCGUUGGCUUCACCGCCCCGAUUCCGCUUGGCUACUUUUUGGCGUCCGCAGUUGCCUCGCCCCGACCAAUUGGGCUGUGGACUCGGCUCCCGGUGAAACCAAUGACGUUUACAAUUCGAAGACGGACUGUGAUUCGAAAAGCUCGUCUUCUCCUGAGAACAUUAUUGAUAGCUCCGCCGCUGAUUACAGAGUCACAGGGGUUCUAGCUGAUGGCCGAUGCCUAUUCAGGGCCAUAGCCCACGUGGCUUGCUUGAGAAAUGGGGAGGAAGCUCCUGAUGAGAAUCGUCAGAGAGAUCUCGCUGAUGAAUUAAGAUCUCAGGUUGUCGAUGAGCUUUUAAAGAGGCGGAAGGAAACAGAGUGGUUCAUUGAAGGUGAUUUUGAUGCGUAUGUGAAGAGACUUCAACAACCUUAUGUUUGGGGUGGUGAACCUGAGUUGCUAAUGGCUUCUCAUGUGUUAAAGACACCGAUAUCAGUCUUCAUGGUAGAUAGAAGCUCUUCUGGUUUGGUUAACAUAGCAAAAUAUGGUGAAGAGUAUCAGAAAGAAGAGGAGAAACCAAUCAAUGUGCUCUUUCACGGAUAUGGUCACUAUGACAUCUUGGAGUCUUUCUCAGAACAGAGUUUGCAGAAACUAAGCAUGUAGAAGUUGGAUAUGGUUUAUAUAAAACACAAUUUCCUUUUAGAUUAAAUAAAUCACAUUGUCGUAGAAAAGCUUGCAUUGGGAGUGAGGGAAGAGUCUCACUGAUGACGAACAUGUCUCAAGUUUGGUAGUGCUACAAUGACCUUGAUUCAAGUAAUAAUAGGUUUAGAGCUAGGCUGAAGGAAAAAGGUAGGCUAGUCCGGCAACUGCUGGCUGAUGACGAGGAGUCAACUAGCAAUGCCAGCUUCUUAGGGAUAAUGAUUUGAAUAAAUGUUUCUUCCAGGCCAGCUAUUGGAAUUCCUCUGCAUUUACUAAUCUGGCUGGUUCAGUUUUGUAGGUUUAUGAUUUCUGUUUUAAAUUCAUAUACACAUUGACUUUAUACUUUAGUUUCCUGAUGUUCUGGUUGGUUCACACAUUCUACAAGUCGGAACAAUGUUCUUUCGUUCAGACUGUUCAGGAUAUGGAAUUUUUUUUUUCAAUUUAACAUCACAGGAUCUUUGAGUUUGUAGUCGAAUUGCAUGGCCAGCUGGAGAUACUUCUUUAAGUGCAACGGUUUUCUGGAGCUGUCCUCGGUGUUUUUAUAUGAUGGCGCUUCAUGCUGUACUUGUGCUGGGUUCCUAUUUCACUUCAUAUACUUCCAACUUCAUUGUAGCAUAUGCUGAAUUCCUAAAUUUCUUUUAAUUUUGGAGUUUCAUAGGCGAUUAACCGGGCUACAAAACUUUAGAUUUAUACAGGAGUUGUUGAACAUGAUCAUCGUCCAUCGCCAGUGAAACAUUUUCUCCUGGUUGUUUUA